CAUUGCAUCGUCAAGCUGAGUGAAACGGCCACGCAGGAGCGAAUUGCAGCGCGGCUUUACAGCUCCCCUACACGAUGGCUUCCCUGCUGCGAUCGGCGGGGCCUGCAGCGCGCCAAGCGCUGGCGGUUUCCGCAUCGCCCCUCGCUGCAUCUUCCUCGUCGUCUUCAGUGUUGCGAACAGCAGCAUUGCAUACCAGUCGAGCACUCGGCAAAGACCCGCAGCUUGGAGACUACCCGGAUGUCGCGUACUCGUCGCGCCAGCUGCGUAAAUCGAGUCCGAAGUGGUUCGACCCGCAGGAGAAGGCAAACUAUGCCGAGACGCUGCAUGAGCAAGAGGACGUGCUAAGUGUCUGGGCGCCUGAUCUCCACCAGAACGUCAAGCCGACCUCUGCACUCUUCCAGCUCCUGCUCGCAGCAGGGGCCGCAAGUCUCUUUGCAAGCAUCAUCUAUGCUACUAGGCCAAGUCUUCCUGCUAUGCCUAGGUCGUAUCCCCGCGACGGCCUCGCUGAAGAGCUUGGCGGCCCACAAGUAGCUGCGUACACUGGCGCGGAAGCGGGCGAAGUGGGGGAGGAAGUGGCUGAAGAGUAAGAUAACUACUUGACAGUUGGUCAUGUACGCACCUGCCAAGCCAAUGAGAACCUCGUUGCAAGGCUUCCACUUCUACGGGAACAUAAUGUGCGAUCAGGUACAACAUGGUUGCAAGCGGAUUCAGAAAUACAAAUGGCGUAGACGUGUGACUGGGAAUGCAAAUGCAUCUCCUUUGGCCACAAAGGUUUGUUUCAAUAUCCAUCAAUCAACAUCCAUAGCGUCGCCCUGUCCGAAUUCAACAUGGCUCCAUUGGACAUCGCCGUCAAGCACCGGGUUGGUGCGCGUCUCGAAAUCCCCCCCUUCGGCGUGCUUCGUUGCCGAUAAAGUCUGCCC